CACCCGCUUCCCUCAAUACGCCAUUCAUGAAAGCAGAAGAAACACUGAUUAGCUAGCUGCCCUGCCCUCGUCGGCCAUCUUUCUUCUCCCUGACGGCUCGCAACCGCCCACGUUUUUAUGCCCCCUCUCUGCCUCCCUCCUUUAUAUUGCAGUUCAUCCCUCCCUCUCUUUCUGUCUGUUUCCAUCUCUCCCAAAACCCACUUUACUUACAAUACUCCAAUCGACACUACUCACUCCGUUUCAGCUUUUGAUCUUCAAAUUUCUGUGCUGGGUGAAUCCAUAAUCUUUCAAAAAACGAUGGCUGCCUCUGCUUCCGGCGAGCAAUUCAUGUCGCCGGUGGACAGGAACUGGAAGCCGCACCUCGAAAUCGCCCCCGACUGCCCGCGCUGUGCUUCUCCCAACACCAAAUUCUGCUACUACAACAACUACAGCCUCUCCCAGCCCCGAUACUUCUGCAAAGGAUGCCGCCGCUACUGGACCAAAGGCGGAUCCCUCCGCAACGUCCCCGUCGGCGGUGGAUGCCGCAAGACCCGCCGCUCCUCCAAGUCCUCCCUCGCUCCUCCUCCGCCGCUGGAAAACAAUCACGGCGGCGGCGACUCGUCUUCCUCAUCGACCUCGAAUAUUGACAUGGCAGUCGUUUUCGCCAAUUUCGUGAACCCUGAUUUGGUGCCCAAGGUGGAGGCCGGUGGUUUGACUGAUCACUGCGGGGUGUCGAAUUCCAAUUCAAAUUCGCAGUCGAAUUCGAUUUCUUCUACUCCGGAGAGCGGCGAUCAGGAUGGGAUUCUGUUACCGCCGGCUGCGGCAGGGGGAUCGUACGAGUUCUUCGACCUUUUCCGAGAAGACGGGUUUCUGGAGGCGGCGGGAAUCGGCGGCGGAGCGGAGCAGAACCAGGAGAGCACGAUGAAUGCACUUGGGUUGCAGUCAUUGUUGGGCGACGAGAUGGCGCAGCUGGAGGUGGCACUCUGGUCGACGAUGGCAGCGGGGAACGAUCCCGCCCCCGACGCGGCGGCGGCAUGGGAGCCGGCGCAGGAGCAGCAGGGGUUUGAAGAAGCAGGGGAUUUCGGGGUUGCCAACAAUUGGGGCUGUUACGAUCUCGAUCUGCAGCAGCUCCAGGGUAAUUUCGACAUUUCCCUCCAGCACUUGGCUAAGCCUCCACCAAAUUACUAGUAUAAGAUCUGAUUAUUAUUUUUUCUCCUUUUUGACCUUUUUUUUACACAUAUUUCUUCUUUGAGUUAAAAGCAGUUACUGCAAAGUUUUACAACUUAGGAUUUGUCUCACACGAAAUGGAAAUAUAUUGGAACUUAGUUAAUUAAUCCAUUUGCCACAACAUAAUUAUUUACAAUAAUAAAAGGAUUGCCCUUAUUAUACUAUACUGUGGUCUGUGGCGGAAUUGGCCAAACACUGCCAUUCUUUUGAGUCUUAUUCCCUGUUUGUUUUCUCAAUUUAUUUUAAGUAGAGUUUCUACAUUAGAGAUGUUAGCUAGUUCGAUCUGUUGGGAACGUCUCAGAGCUUGUCUGUACGUCUAAUUUAGGGCUUGUUAACUGUUCCUAAGAAAUUAGUCAGAAGAUA